GUCGGUUUGCUGUGUUUUUAGCUUCACUCAGAGACAAAUGUUUUCUCAGUCAGAGGAGGAUCUUACCUGUCCUGUCUGUCAGGGCAUCUUUAAAGAUCCUGUUGUCCUGUCAUGCAGCCACAGCUUCUGUAAAGACUGUGUGCAGAGAUGGUGGAGAGAGAAACUGAUACACGAGUGUCCAAUUUGUAAGAAAAGACAUUUACUGAGUGAUACACCUCGUAACCUGGCUUUAAAGAACCUGUGUGAGGCCUUCUUACAGGAGAGAGAUCAGAGAUGGUCAGCAGAGACUCUCUGCAGUCUGCACUCUGAGAAACUCAGACUCUUCUGUCUGGACCAUCAGCAGCCGGUGUGUCUCGUCUGCAGAGAUUCAAGGAUACAUACUGACCACAGAUUCAAACCCAUCGAUGAAGCUGCUCAGGAUAGCAAACAGGAGCUCCAGAAAUCCCUGAAGCCCUUUCAGGAGAAACUGGAGCUCUUUAAACAAGUUAAAGGAAACUGUGAUCAAACAGCAGAACACAUGAAGGUCCAGGCCCGGAGCACAGAGAGGAAGAUUAAGGAGCAGUUUAAGAGGCUUCAUCAGUUUCUAGAAGAGGAAGAGGAGGCCAGGAUCUCUGCUCUGAGGGAGGAAGAGGAGCAGAAGAGUCAGAUGAUAAAGGAGAAGAUGGAGGCUGUGAGCAGAGAGAUAGCAGCUCUUUCAGACACUGUCAGAGCCACAGAGGAGGAGCUGAGAGCUGAAGACGUCUCAUUCCUGCACAAUUACAAGGCUGCAGUGGAAAGAGUCCAGCAGCGCCCCCUGCUGAAGGAUCCACAGCUGCUCUCAGGAGCUCUGAUAGACGAGGCCAAACACCUGGGCAACCUGACCUUCAACAUCUGGAACAAGAUGAAGGAGAUGGUCUCCUACACUCCUCUGAUUCUGGAUCCAAACACUGCUGGUCGAGAACUCCUCCUGUCUGAAGAUCUGACCAGUGUGAGACGAGGACAGAAACAGCAGCUUCCUGAUAAUCCAGAGAGGUUUGAUUACGACUGCGCUGUCCUUGGUUCAGAGGGAUUUAACUCUGGGAAUCACAGCUGGGACUUUGAGGUUAGAAAUGAUGAUCCCUGGGCCCUAGGUGUGAUAAAAGAGUCUGUCCGGAGAAAGGGAAAAAUGGUGACUGGGUUUUGGGACAUAUGUCUCCAUGAAGGAAAGUACAUAGCAGCCUCCCCACCACUCUCAGAAACCGUUCUCUCAGUGAAGAAGAAGCUCCAGAGGAUCAGAGUUCAUCUGAACUGGAACAAAGGAAAACUGUCUUUCUAUGAUCUUGAUACUAACACACAAAUACACACCUUCACACACACAUUCACUGAGAGACUGUUUCCAUACGUUGCCAAUAUAAGUAAACUCCCACUGAAGAUAUUACCAAUGAAGGUCUCUGUCAACAGGCUUAUGGCCUAGUUACUAAAUGCAUUAGCUAAUCAUGCUAUAUAGCAUUAUAUUCAGGUUGAGUAAGGCUACUCAGAAAUGCCAUCCUGCAUGUCAGUGAUACUAUACAUGU